AUGGACAGCAAGGACAAUGUUUCAAAUAAAAAUAAUACUGAAGUUUUAAAAAAGUCUAACGAUGGUUUCAAUGGUGUGCAAGGUUUUAAUUUUGAUAGAAAAAACAUUGAAAAAUAUAUAGGUGUUCAAAUUACAUUUGAAAAUUUAUCAUAUAAAGUAGAAAAUAGAAAAUAUAAAAAGCAAUUAAAAGAACAAAAAGAAAAAAUAAAUUCAAAUGGUGGGGCUAUUGAUUUAGAGUCAGAUGGGAUUAAAAAAAUAGAAAAAGAAAAAACAAUUUUAAAUAAUGUAUCUGGAGUUGUAGAAAAGGGUGAAAUGGUUGCAUUGAUGGGGCAAUCAGGAAGUGGAAAAUCAACCCUAUUGGAUAUUUUAGCUAAAAGAAAAUCAACAGGUAAGAUUACAGGUAAAAUACUCGUAAAUGGUAAGGAAAUUGGUGAUGCAUAUAAAAAGUAUUGCUCCUAUGUUACCCAGGAAGAUACUUUAUUAGAAACAUCAACUGUAGAGGAAACAUUAAAAUUUUAUGCAGAUUUAAAAUUACCAGAUUUAAAUGAGGAUGAAAAGAUGAAGAGAGUAUAUCAAGUGCUAAGUGAUGUUGGAUUAUCUGAAAGAGCAAAUUCAAAAAUAGGUGGUAUUUUACCAGGUGGUAUGAUAUUAAAAGGUUUAUCUGGAGGUGAGAAGAAAAGAGUUUCAAUUGGAUGUGCACUUGUUACAAAUCCUUCAUUGUUGUUAUUGGAUGAACCCACAAGUGGUUUGGACUCAACAUCUGCAUUGGUUGUUAUGAGGGUAUUAAAAAAUUUAACUGAAAAAGGUGUAACUGUAGUAUCAUCCAUUCAUCAACCAAGCCAAAAGAUAUUUAACUUAUUUAAUAAGGUAAUUGUGGUGGUUAAAGGUCGAAUAUUAUAUAUUGGUAGCGAUGUUAAAGGAUAUUUAGAUUCAUUAGGUUUUAUAAAUCAAGAGGAUUUAAGCACACCCGAUUUUUGUUUAGAUGCUUGUAAUGAUAUAGCAAAGAGUUCAGAUUUUGAAAACAUUAUUACGAAAUGGGAAAAGCAUUAUAGAGAAGAAAUAGCACCUACUAUUUGCAAUGAUAAUUUGAAUAUUGAAAUACCCAAAACAGUUUCGAUUUUUUAUCAGUAUAAGGUAUUACAAGAGAGAGCUUUUAAAAACUUUUUUAGAAAUAAGGUGGGGUUACUUUCAAGAAUAGUAAUAGCAAUACUCAUUGGGUUAUUGCUUUCAACUGCUUUUGGGGGGUUAGAAAAUAACCAAGAAGAUAUAUUAAACACUCUUGGUUACUUAUUUUUCUUUUCACUUAUUUUGCAUUUAAUUCCUUUUGGAUCGAUCACAUUAUUCCUUUCGAUUAGAACUUUGUUUAAUGCAGAAAGAGCAUCAAAAAUAUACACUACACUACCAUUUUUUUUGGGUCCAGUUUUAAUAGAAAUGGUAUUUGGUGUAUUAAUAUCUUUUAUAGCAGUAAUAAUAUCAUACUCUAUUUCUCAUUUAAGAUGGGAUGUAUCUAGUUUUAUUUUAACAUAUAUCGUAUAUUUAUUUAUACACUUGUUUUCAGUAUUAAUGAUAGUUUCAAUUUCAAAUAUUACAGGGACUGUAGAUCUUUCAUUCACCUACGCUACUGGGCUUUCAAUUACCUUUUUAUUGUAUACAGGUUUUUUCAUUACCAUUGACCAGCUACCAAGAAGUUUCCAAUGGAUACACUAUUUAAAUCCUCUACAUUACGGAUUUGUUGGUUUAAUGAUUGCACAAUAUAAAGACCGUGAGAUCGAAUGCCCAAUUAAUUCAGCCUGCUUGUAUCCAAAUGGAAAUGCUUUAAUUGAGCAUUAUUCUUUUGAAAACUAUACCUAUGGCGAGGCAUUGGGUAUAUUGAUCGUUUGGACUUUUGCAUAUUUUUGUUUAGCUCUUUUCGGGCUUCAUUACUUUAAUAAAGAAAAAAGAUAA